AUCGAGCCGUUCCAGUCUGGAGCAUGGAAUUGCUAUUUUUUUAAAGCGAUCAAGGACUCGUGGCGUUUUAUGGAUACACAAUGAGAUAUUGGUUUUCAAAAAAUACUAAUGUGUAUUGUUCAAAUGCAGUGACGGCAUAAGACGACAAGAAAAAAAACAUAAACGAAGGAAAAUCCUUAAUGGCAUUAUCUACGGUGUGGGUUGGAGAAAUAAAAUUUUAAACACAAAGCCGAUCACUUCUGACUGUCAAUGAUAAACGACUUACCGAGUUACACGGUAAAAAAUGACAGACCAAUGUUGUAUGUACAUUAUCGCUGCUAUUAUUAAGGACCGGGUGUACGUGUUGUAGAUGGAGCCACCGCACGGUGCGCCAGACACCGACCAACAGUCAGCGGCGGGUAGCUCAGCAGUUCUUUGGCUGUAUCUUCGACGGCAGUGCAACGCCAGAGGUUGUCCACGUCGCUAGUCUCAAGACUCUCUUUCCGUCCGCCGUCGACUUUUAUGUAUACGCCGUUGAGUUGAAUAUUUUUUAUGUGGAUUAAAUAAUAGUGUAGUUCAACCAUCGUGGUUAGUUAUUAUUGUAAAAAUAUAUUGUAUCUAUUCAGAUAUAUUGUACUUGGUGUUUUUCACCGUGUGGUCUUUUAGUGCUACAGAAAAUAUUAUAUUUAUGACUUGUAGAUGAUGAUCAUGAGUAACGAAAACCAAUACCUUAGACCGGAUUACUUAUCGCCCUUGCCAUCGUUGGAUGCCAAAAAUAGUCCAUUGGCUCUGUUAGCUCAAACAUGUAGCCAGAUCGGUGCCGAUGUGCCUACAAAACUCAAUGGAAACCACAAUGACAAGAAUCAUAAUACUUCUACCAACAUCAAAAAAACCGGCAACGACUCCCGAGACAAGCGGUCGCCUUCGCUGUCGUCCGCUGCCUCUUCGUCGUCUUGUUCGAAUAGCGGCUCACCGACUAACCGCGUCUCAGCGACAUCAGUUUCAACGACUCGAUCCAGCUUUAAGCCAUACGAAUCAUGUGUAGUAAAACCUGUCGCUGAACCAGCCACAGUGGCUACGUCCAUCAGCCUAGACGCGACCAUUAGGCGGGCGACGCCACUGAACGAUAGGUGUAGCAGUAAGGAGAGUUCGUCUAGUCGGAAGUCACCAAUUGAAGAUAAAAAAUACGAGUCAAAAUCUGUUGAUACCAACCCCAUAACGGUUACACCGGUAACAUCGACAGCCGCCAGUUACCAUCCUCAUCAUCAUCUUUCGCUGGCUGCAUCUCCUAUGAUGAACCCUUAUUUCAGGGCUGCUGCCGCUGGCCCAUUGCCAUGUCGGGAUCCAUAUUGUACAGGUUGUCAACUAGCUGCGCAAUUGGCUGGCAGUGCAGGAAAACCACCAUGUCCGGCCGGUUGCGUCCAGUGUGAGCCUAAAAGUCAUCAGCCACAUCAUCACCCACAGCACCACAGCAUGGCUGCAGCUGCGUUCGCACAUGCUCAAUUGGCCGCGUUGGCAGCGGCUGCAAACCAGUUGCCGUAUGUUUGCUCGUGGAUGGCGGCGUCCGCUGACCUACCAUCUUACUGCGGUAAACGAUUUGGCACUUCGGAUGAGCUGUUACAACACUUGAGGACACAUACGUCUGACCCUGCGGCCGCCUUACCACUAUUACAACGGUCAUAUCCGACGCCUCCGCUGAGUCCGUCCACUAGUCGCUACCAUCCAUACGCGGCAAAACAUCAUUCAACGUACUUUGCAGCGGCGGGCUAUCCAUCACCACUGACCUUACCACCCCAUCCUAGCCUUCUGCCACCAUAUUUUCCGACAGCGUAUUCGCCGUACGCCCCAAGACUUAGUCUGGGCACUUCACCGCACACAUGAGAGCAAGGCUAGAUACGAUAAAUACCGUAGAAGUGGUCUAUAUAAUAUUUAAGGAUGUUACUGACAGUCGUUGCUAGCAGUUAUUUCCUAUUUGUUUCACGCUCUCCUAGUGCGCCUUCGAUCGCAAAAACUGCGUCUGACUGGACGUCACCGAUUACAAAAAUUGAAAACUAUGAAAACUGUAUCUUUAAACUGUUCAACUGCAAUUGUUUUUGGAAAUUCUAUUUCACGUGUUUCUUUUUUUAGAUGAUAAAUUUGUUAAUUAACUAUUUUUAUAAAUGUCAUACUUUUCAUUUAUCCAUUAAUUUAUUUUUAUU